AUGGAACACAGCGCUACGGGCAGUGCUAUGGGUAGUACUACGGGUAGCGCUAUGGGCAGCAGGCUGCAUAGCGGCCUCUCCAAUACCAACUCCAAUGUCAUUCACAAGAACAUCAACAUUUUGUUUAAAAAGUGGUACACCCAGCAUGUGUAUUUUAACAAAAGCACUUGCAUCGCAGAAACACCCUGUGAGUAUAUGAUUCUCUCGAAGAACGAAUACAUGGACAUGAUAAUUGAAUGUUACAGUAACAACAAGGUGGACGAAAUUAUUGAGGACAGUUGA